CGCACACAUCGCGCCCGCAGAAUUUCUCUUUAUUUAAAAAAACAUCGAAAAAAAUGUCAUUUAUCCAAAUGACACAUCUGGAACAAAAUCUAAACUAUUGUGCUUGUUGUAUAAUAAAACCGUUCAGAGUUUGUUAAUGUGUGGCGUAGUGUUCUAGGAUUUAGUGACCUUGGUUAUGGAUUUUUUUUUGAUUCGAUAAAAUAUAAGAGAAAAAGGGUUUUCCCCGAAUUGGUUUAUUAAUUGGCACCAGUAGUGAUGCAUCAGGAGGAUGGCGACCAAUAUCGAUGACAAUUUGGACUCGAUGCCCGAUUGGCAAUAUGCCAGAUUGGGCAUAUCACUCCUUCUCAACAAUCAGGCCGAAAGGGCCGAGAGGAUGUUCCAGAAAAGGCCAGAUAGUACGCAAGUUAAGGCCGCCAAUGGAUUUCUCUUGUUCAUGAAUGCUCUCAUGUCCUUCGAAGAAGAAAAACUCCAGCUGGCCCUGAACGAACUCAAGGAAACAGAAAAGCAAUGCGCAAACGAAUCCUUCAAAAGUCAAUCAAGCGGAGGUUGGUUCAAAUCGGUGAAAGAUCGCCUGCUGCCAACUAGCGAUCGUCGACAAUCAAAUGGGCGGAAAUCGAUAGCAGAAUUGCAAAAGGAGCGUUCCGACGAACUAGAACGGCGCGUGAUUAGCGCCGAUUGUCAACUUUGUAGUUCUCUGUUGACUUUACUUCAACAAGACCUGGCUGGUUAUAUGAAAGGUGCCUGGGCUCUCAGAAGAGCCUGGAAGGCUUACAGAUCAGCACACUCUCAGAUCCUAAGACUGUACCGGGAAGCAUUCCGGGACGAAGGCGGACCAAGCGAUAAUCUACUUGAUCCGGUCAGUCCCGUCAAUCCGUCCUGGGAACCGACAACACCAGUGACUCCAGGAGGCACUAUGGCUUUCACACCGAUUGUCGAAAAUAUGUUGCCACUAAAUAUUUCGACUCCAAAUGGCGAACAUGAACAGUCUACAAAGGAACAUAACCACAGACGUGCGUCUGUUGCCUCAAAUGCAUCAUCUUCUUCAUCAGCUGAUAGUUUUGCUAGUUGCGAAGACAUUUCUGUUAAUAAAACGGAUUUAAAGAGUAAAGUAAAAGAUGCCGUCACCAGACAGUUGGGACCUUUAUCUGAUGAUCCGACUACUGUUAUCACGCCCAACCCGGAUAAUGUAGUUAUUAAAUAUGAAUCCGAUAAUGUAAAGAGUAAAGAGAAGACUAAAGAACCAUUGAAGUUGAGAGAUAGUUGUGAAAUAGCUCAGGACGAGAUGCGUGCCAAUGUAUCAGUCGCCCCCGAAAAUGAUAUGGAAACAAAAAAAAUACCUAUUCGCGAUAGAGACGAAAUGAGGUUAUCAUUCUCCGAUCCCGAUCCGGUCCCCGGCACUAAUCCUGCUUCCGGAAGCGACAUGGACGACGUCCAGGAAGAGUUCGGUAAUAAUGGGUACAUACAAAAAUCAACUCAGAGAGUAAUCUCAAAUUCUAGCGACUCUGAACGACCAAGCACCUUACAAUGGGAUAGUAGAACCAACCAAAGAUCUGAUGGCGCAUUGAGGUGGGCCUCAGAUCAUAACAUCACUAGGCAUAAUAAAUCUGUGGAUUUUGUGGCAAGUCCCCUUCAGAAGUCUUUGAAAUUUCACGGCACUGACCAGCAGAGGGUGCUGGACGAGGCUGGCAGGGGCGCGGCCUCGACUAAGAAGUUGCCGAUAGAUCCUGAAAAUCUAGCACGUUUGAUGUCAGCGGUAAGCUUUGGUUAUGGAGUUUUCCAAUUGGCUGUGAGUCUUUUACCUCCAAGUCUUCUGCGUGUUGUCCAUUUCCUUGGUUUUGAAGGAGAUCGUGGUGCGGGUCUCACCAGUCUUGCAUUCGCUAGACAAGGAACUGAUAUGCGUGCUCCUUUAGCAACAUUAGCUCUUCUCUGGUACCACACCAUAGUAAGACCUUUUUUUGCUAUUGACGGUUCUGCUGGAGUUGGCGGAUCAGAAGGUAUGUCUUCAGAAAUUGCAGAAGCAGGCAGAUUGAUUGCAGAGUCUAAAGAAGAAUUCUCUGAAGCAGCUUUAUUCUUGUAUUUUGAAGGAAGAGUUGAACGUUUGAAGUGUGAUCUUCCUGCUGCAGUUUUGGCCUACGAGCGUUCUGCAAGAGCUGCAGUGCAGCAGGAAAUUCAGUUGUUAUGUCUCCACGAGAUCGGGUGGUGCAGAUUGAUGCAGCGUGAUUUUUCUAGUGCUGCGAGGUGUUUUGAGGAACUGAGAGCGAGGAGUAGGUGGAGCAGGUUAGAGUAUAUAGAAUGUUGUCUCAGGAUAUUCUACACAUUUCUUUCGGCACUGUGCAGAGGUGCUUCUGGAAAUGAAUCAGAUGCUCGUGGAAUCAAAGCGGAAAUACUCGACAUUUUGUCGUCGAGCGACCACAAGGUAUAUGAGGCACAGGUGGAAAAGUACAUUGGCAGAAGGGUUUUAUGUUUUCCGGACCCGGAAGUUGCCACCGGAUCGCAAUCUGCGGCUCCGGAUAAGGAUCCGACCUUCUGGAGAAUGUAUUUGUACGAAAUGCUCAUUCUGUGGAACGCUUUGACCAGCUGCAGACCGGAGGAAAUAGAAAGCAUAAUAAUAGAGUGUCUGGAGGUGAAAAAGGAGCCAGCUCCUGGUCUAUCAUCCUUAAUUCUGGGUGCUUGUCACGCCUAUUUCUCCCGUUGGUCAGAAGCAGAAAAGUCCUAUCGAUUGGCAAUAGAACAGAAAUCCGCGAGGUCUUCGAGAAGGGGCUCCAAAAGCCAGGUUGGGAGCAGUGGGUCUCGCACUCCACCCCAACCGAGCUGCUUUGCUAAAUGGGAUGAUCAUAUUGCAGCAUUUGCAAAGUAUGAACUGGCUGUGGUGCUCAUGGUACAGGAUUUGGAAACAAAUCGUGAAGAGGCCAAAAAGUGGUUACAUGAGGCUCAACAGUACAAAGAUUAUGAUUUUGAGAACAGGCUCAACGUCAGGAUACAUGCUGCCUUGAAAAGGGCCAAUGAGGGACCCAAUUGAAGACUAGAGGUUGCACCAGGUGUAUUUAAAUCAGGUAGUUACCACAAUUGCCUAUGCAAGGUUAUAGAUAAAACUAUGCAAUAUAAUAAUGUUGAAUAUUAGCAAAAGUAUUAAUAGAAGAUAUAAUAUGCUGCUAUAUUAAAAGUGAUUCUAUAUAUAAUUAUAAAUAAAUAUUGUUGAAUUUGUUAAACGAAACUAAUGCAAAUGUAUAAAAAAUUAAUUGGCUUAAAGCCAUACUCAACGCUUUGUUGUAAUACUCA